AUGAAACGGGUGAGGAGUUUUGAGACUCACUGUGAAUUGGUCACUAACCUUCUCGAUCUGUGGCGUGGCAAGAACAGAAGCGCUGAGCUUGGUGACGUCACUGUAGCAGUGAGGGCUGCAGCAGGCCAACAGAACAAGGAGCUGCGUGUGGUCCGUGUAGGGCGAGUCCAGAAGCAGGGUCCAGAAAACUUAGCAGGGGUCAUUAACAGGCGGUCAGAGAGCUGUUAUGUGCUGUCCUCUUUCGCUGCAGCCUCCUCCUUGGUGAACAUGCGUAGGAUCACCCAUCCUACAGUCCAACAGAUGCUUGCAGGCAAAGCUGUCCUCCCCUGUGUCUUCACCCUCCAGACCAGCUCCUCCGUCCAGCCUCCACACCUCCUGUGGACUCACAGCAGACUGUCAGCAGGAGGCCAAGGGCCUCCUUUGGAGCAGAUUGUACUUUCUGCUAAAGGUGAUGUAAUCAAGGUGAAUAAGGCCUUCAGCGGCCGCAUCAUGCUGCCAGGAUACUCUGCCAACCCUCUCGAUGCUACCAUGGAGAUCUCUGGUCUCCGCACCGAGGACUCGGGCACUUACCACUGUCAGGUCGUCAUGGGCAACCACCAGGAGAGAGACACCGUGCCUCUGGUGGUCUCUGGGGUUGUGUUUAACUACCAGGUACCUGAUGUUCGUUAUGCCCUCACGUUCACCGAUGCCCAGCGAGCCUGCGAAGAAAACUCAGCUCAGAUUGCGUCGCCGGCCCAGCUGUGGGCAGCGUACUACGAUGGGUUUUCCAGCUGUUCAGCUGGAUGGUUGGAUGAUCAGACUGUCCGUUAUUCGGUCCAGUCGCCAGAGCUCGGUUGCCAUGGACACAAGGAGUACUCAGCUGGAGUGAGAAAUUAUGGGAAGAGGGACCCAAAAGAGAUGUUUGAUGUGUACUGUUUUGCCAAAGAACUGGAUGGUGAGGUGUUUCACUCCUCGGUUCCAGGCAGACUGUCACUGUCUUCAGCCUCCGAUCGCUGCGUGUCCCUUGGGGGCCAGCUGGCUACCGUGGGACAGCUUUAUCUGGCGUGGAGGGCCGGCCUAGACAGCUGCGCCCCGGGAUGGCUGUCUGACGGCAGCAUUCACUACCCGGUGGCCUGGCCUCGUCCAGAAUGUGGAGGGAGCCAGCCGGGAGUCCACACCGUCACGCCCAACACCACUGCUGACAACUCGACAGCUUUAUACGACGCUUACUGCUACAGAGGUAAAGUGAAGGAUACAGGCUCUGAGAUUUACACCUCCCAGUGGAAGCCCUGGAGCUAUCUCACAGGCUCGAGUGAUGCUGAGUCUGCAGCGACCGACAGCUCCAAUCUGACUACACAGCAAACCACCACGCUCACAGCAUCCUCAGAAGAUGUCGAAGUGUCAACUUCCAACUGGACAGGAACGGUUGAGCUGGAAGAAGAAGAGUCCCCUCACAGCUUCUCCACAGACCCCUGGUCCUCGGAGUCGUCAGCGUCAUUCAUUACCCUACAGCUGAUCCCAGGUCAGAACUCCUUCGACUGGGGGGAUCUGCAGGAGCCCGGGCCCGACUCGGAGGAGUUUCUCAGACCUCCAGCUCACCCGACUCCAGCUGAGAAAAAGGUGAUCUCAAAGAUUGUGAAAUCCAUCUGGAAGCCUUGGAACUACCUGGUGGGGACAGGAGAUGAGGAGGGAACCCAAGCACCAAAUGAGCACGCGGAAAAAGAGGAGACUGCAACAAAAGAAACUGGAGAAGAAUCACAUCCCUCCAGCCCUGUAUCACCAGGUCUGUUUUCCUGGGGAAGUUCAUGGUUCAUCAGCCAGCCUGUGGAGAAAACCACAGCAGCCAAUGAAGAUUCAUCCACUCAUCUGGCAUCGACUUUAGCAUCGUCCACGAGUUCUCCGACAACAGAGAGCAUCAAGAUCUCAGAGAACUCCGAGACUCCCACGUUCACUCCCUCCAGCCACUCACCUGACAUCACCUCCACUGAGAAAGAAACGUGGAUCACAGUGGAAAUAGACACAACAACCCAAGCAGCUGGUAAGAGGCAGGAAACUGUGACCUCCAGAGCCGGUGGCAGAGGAGGAAGAGGAAGGGGGAGGAAGAACAAAGGGGAGGACAGGAACAGAGGGGAGGAGAGAGGGAAAGGAGAAGAAGAAGGAAGUGGAGAAAUCACUGGUGCAGAAGCGAAAGGCGAGAUCCAAGUCUCCCGUCGACUAGUAGGGUCAAGAGAAAGGUCUAGAGAACGAAACAGAGAGAGGGGUCACAGAAAAGGACAAUCCUCCAAGACCACCACCACAGCCACCACUGUCACCAGCAGCCCUCUUGAAGCCACAGCAAUGACCACAACUGAGCCAGAAAGGGACAAUUCCACAUCCCAACACCAGACCAUCAUAUCAGAAUCGGAAAACUCAUCCCUGUCAGUCUCACAAGAACAAGAACAAACAAUGCCCCCUUCUCCAUCGCCGUUACCAACAACCUCACCGUCCACCUCAUGGUCUACUUCGACGUUCACCUCACCCUCUUCAACUCCUUUUGAAUCCACACAGUCAGAAUCCCUUCAUGAAUCUCACUCUCUCCAGCCAUCACCAUCUGAUCUCAUUUCUUCCUCCUCCCUUACAGACGUUUCCUCCACCUCAUUCUAUUCCCCGACCCCAUCCUACUCCCCCUCUCCAUCCCUGUCCCCUUCCCAGCCCACAUCCCAGGCUCACACCGUUCAGCCAGCUACGUCUCCUCACACAGAGACCAGUAACUCUACAGAUGACCUUAUCACUCUUCAAAUGGUCCCAGAGGAAGGAUUGUCCGUUAACGCCUCUCUAGAAGAGCCCCUGUCGCUGCCGGCACCCCAAGAUGACGAGGAGGCUGCCUGGUCUCCUGUUGUGGGUUCGGGGGCCCUCUUACCUGGCAACAUGGAGGAGGAGAGCAACAGAGGAGGAGCCAACAUCAGCACCACACCUCUCAGUCCAACAGCUGAAGUGGAGCCCUGCGUGACAAACCCAUGUCUGCACGGAGGGAAGUGCCUUCCUCAGGGAGCUGGCUACAGCUGCUACUGUCCACAAGGAUACGCUGGAGAGAACUGUGAGAUCGAUGUUGAUGACUGCCAGUCCGAGCCAUGUGAAAAUGGAGGAACCUGCGUCGACAAGAUUGAUUCGUUCCUCUGCCUUUGCCUGCCGAGCUACGGGGGAGACACGUGUGAGAAAGAUGUGGAAGGUUGUGAGCAUGGCUGGAGGAAGUUUCACGGCCACUGCUACCGGUAUUUCAGCCACAGACACACCUGGGAGGAUGCAGAGAAAGACUGCCGAGAGCACAGUGCACACCUCAGCAGCGUCCUGUCCAGCACUGAGCAGGAGUUUAUUAAUGGUCUGGGACACGACAACGCCUGGGUUGGUCUGAACGAUCGGACGGUGGAGGACGACUUUCAGUGGACUGACGGCAAUGAUCUGGUUUAUGAGAACUGGAGGGAGAGCCAGCCGGAUAACUUCUUCGCAGGUGGGGAGGAUUGCGUGGUGACCAUCGCCCACGAGGAUGGCAAGUGGAACGACGUGCCCUGCAACUACAACCUGCCCUACAUCUGCAAAAAAGGCACAGUGCUAUGUGGGACACCACCUGCAAUAGAAAAUGCCCAUUUAAUAGGUCGGCGGAGAUCACAUUAUGACAUCCACUCAGUUGUGCGUUACCAGUGCUCUGAGGGCUUCUACCAGCGCCACAUCCCCACGACACGCUGCCGGGCCGACGGGAGCUGGGAGCGGCCCAGGAUUAUCUGCACAAAGUCUCGGCGUUCGCACCGGUACAGACGCCAUCACCACAAUCAGCACCACGAACAUCGCCGGAACAGGAAACAUGGAGGCGAGGGCCGCAGAGUCAGGGAGGACGUGCACAGCUACUACUGAGCCAAAUAACGCAGUGCCUGCUAGGUGCUAACCAUGGCCUGUAAAGACAGACAGUAGGUCCCUCCUGUCCCCUGGCUGCUCCCCUCGCUCCUGGCUUUGAUUACUUUUAAGAAACAAGCUUGUCUACUAACUAACACUCCGCUACCUUCCAUCAUCUCAUCCCUGAGCUUCAUUGUUUUGAUGCUUCCUUUAACCGACGUCCAACCAGAAGAAUUAACUCGUUUUCUCUCCAGUAGAGUCGUCUCUCCUUCUGUCUAACAAACUCUAACCCUACUGAUCUGACUGACAGCAGUGUGCACGUGUGCGUGUGCGAGCGUAUGCAUGUCAAAUGGAAUAUUAGAGAGGCGUCUUUUAUGUAAAAGUUUGCUCAUUCUUCACAAAAACGCGGACAGCAGAGAUGAAAGAUCUGACCUAACCCCGAGCUGAUUGUUUGUGUGCUGUAGCUGUUCCUUUUCCUGUAAAGCUCUGAAGUAGCUGAUCGUUUGACUAACAUGCUUUUUCUAAUAUUUGCUGUUUCUGUACUAUUUAUUAUGAAUAAUUUGCUAGUGAAUACUCGUUUUUUUUACUUAUACAGUACUCCAGAAAGAGCUGAUGAAACAUCAUUUUCUAUGCCAGUAUUUGAGUUCAAUCAGUAA